AAUAAAACCACUUCAGGAGAUAAACAGUUCUAAUCCACCUCAGCUAAAGAUUGUAAAAAUGGGGAAAUCUAGCGAGGGAAAUUCUCGCCAGUCCUCCCUAGAUAUCUUAGCAACAGCGGCUGCGCAGUGUUCCUCUAAAGAAGGUACUAGUGAAAGCAACAGAAAAAGAGAGAACAACUCUGAAAAUUGUGACCUUGAGAACGUUGUCCCAUUAAAGUCUCAACAUAAACUUCCUUCAUUUGCAACGCUGGCAUACAAUAUGGUCCGUAACUUACAAACAAAGCCCGUGUCUGAAAAUGUUAGACAAGAGAGGGGAAACCAAAAUACCCCAAGACCAGGAAUAAACACUACAACGUCCCAAUCUUUGACGACUACAUCCCGAAAAUCUCCCCGAAAAUCGCCAAAGAAGAAUUCCGCUAAAUUUGGUCGCUUAAUUACCUAUGGAAAAGAAAAUAUACCUACAUUCACAAAUGGCGAAAACAGGAUCAAGCAGGAAGCAUCAGACACGAUAUGUCCAGCCACUUUUGUCAGAAAGGCAAACAUCACUAAUGUUUCGACAGAAAUUACAAAAAGUAAUGUUAAAGAAGCCGAGAACAUUGCUGACAAUUCUUCUAAAAGUCGUACAGAUGAAGCGAGAGCUGUUCUAAAACCGAAGAUCUGGAAUCCUCUUUUUCACGAAUACACUCCUAAAAACCAAAUCUCAGAUAGAGAACCAAUAGUAAAGACAGAACCAGUCUCCGAUCCCCCCGAUUCUUCUCAUCGUGUCAGUGUUGCAGGAACGCUUACUAUACCUGAUACCAAAAGAAGUCUCAUCAAACAUACAGUAGAAUCCAUGAUAAAGAAAGAAGAACCAUCAGUAGACGACGUCAACGUGACAAUCAAGCGUCUCCUGCCAAGACACGAAGAGGAACCAAAUGCCAAGAAAAUCAAGCUCGAAAACAAUACACAGAGUGUAUUGCCACUGACUCAGCCUUUCACUGAGAGCAAAACUCCAUCCAAAUUCCCGGUCAUCAAAACAGAAUAUCCAACUUUGUACCAGGUCUCAACGACACCAUCCCCUAUCUCCCCUUACAUGCAACGCGCAUUUGAACCCUCACCUAAAGCAUUUGCUGAUGUUGCACUGCGACCACUUAUGCCACCAUUACAACAUUGUGUCCUCUCGCCAUUCAGUCCAUCCUUUGGGAGAGCUGAUAAUCUUAUGACCCCUGAACUUUACAAAUCUCCACUCAUGGUUCAGCGUAAAAUAGCCCCGAAUUCUUCACAGAAUAAUUUGGAUACACCUUUGAAAUCGGCACCAGUUCCUGUCUAUGGGUCGCCUCCUGUGACGUCAUCAAAGUUGGAAUCGUCAGUAUCUCGACCAAACGAUCCUGUCUUCGCUGUUGAUAACAAGCCAUCGUUGGCCAGGGUGUUGAUGCCAAAAUUUGCAGACCUUAAAACCAAGACUGAGAAAAUACCUCUCUCUAACGAGCACUCCCCUGUGGUUGAGCUGGUAAAUGGAGGCUUUGGAAUCAAGAACCCCUCGUAUAGUGCACCUAAACCCUCCGAUAUAACAAACAUUCAACAAGAUUCGGAGACGGGUAAAGGGAAGUACAUCUGUAAGAUCUGCUCCAAGGAAUUUGGAUUACAGCGUUUACUGAAUCGCCACCUCAAGUGUCACAGUGACGUCAAGAGGUACCUGUGUACCUUCUGCGGUAAAGGCUUCAACGACACGUUUGAUUUGAAACGUCACACUAGAAUCCAUACAGGAGUGAAACCUUACUCGUGUAGCGAGUGUGACCGAUCAUUCACACAAAGAUGCUCCCUGGAGUCCCACUGCCGGAAAGUCCACAACAUGGAUGUCUCUUUCGCCUACAAACAGCGGAGAAACAAGAUUUACGUGUGUGAGGAGUGCGGCCAUUCCACGGCUGAUGCCAGCAGUCACUUCGUUCACCUCCGAGAAAACCACCCGAACAACCCCGCGCUAUCAAAGUAUCACGACAGACGACAGUUCAAAUUCUCCAUGGAAAAUCAGCAGAAUGUCCACUUGCCGCGAACGUGAC